AUGAACCUCCAAGCUCUUCUCCUCGUCGCGGCUUCCUUGACCGCUCGCGCCACUGCCGAAUUCACCGUCACCUCGGGAACCACUGAGGCUACCACAUCCAGUACGGAACACGUGAGCUUCGUUAAGCAAUGGACGCUCAACUCCGCCGCCACCGGCGACAACAUCGAUUCGAUCGACCUUGAUCUCGCCGGUCGUGUCUACGUGAGCUACGUGAGCGGCCUGCCGAGCGGCGUGCUCGGUUACGUGAAUGUGUCGGGCGACUCGCAGACUGUGGUAGACGCCGUGACCGUCAGCAACGACGACACCAAUGACAACGAUGACAAUGACAACGACGAUGCCAACGACAGAGACGGAGAGCUGAACGUACGUAUCGGUAACAGCACGUCUACCACGCUCAGUGGCUACCUGCUCACCGAGAUCUUUCUGGCUUCGAGCGGCAUCGUGACGGACGUCAAGAGUCAGCGAUCUGCCCAGGUUGUCGUCGAGGACGGCGUCCUGGUGUCGAGUAGCACCACCGCGGAGUUGCAAGUCGAAGCGAGCGGCUCCAGUGCCGUGUACGUGUCGGCGGCCAGCACGGCGGUGAGUGUUCGCCAGCUGCAGCUAGAUGCCGCGGGCACUGCCAGCCUCCAAUUUAACGUUGAGAGCACGGCCACGCUCGAGCUGGAGACGCAGAACACCGGCACUAUCUGCAUCAACUCACAGACGGUUACAGCUGCCAACUACGAAGGCCGGGACGCCAGCCGUAUUUCCAUGCCCAACGCCUCCAGCAAGUACACGUCCACGGGCACCGCCGCGUGCGAUGAGUCAACUGUCCCUGCUCGCGAGCCGGCGUGCGUAUCGAGCGCUUGCGCGGGUUCCGACGACACGAACGCGUCUUCUUCCCCGCGUCUUGCUGCGUUGGCGGCCGCUGCGAUCGGUGCGGCUGCAGCUUUCCUGCUGUAG